AUGUUAUUCACAGUGCCUCCGUCUACUCCCGACCCCCUGAUAUCCUUUCACAACUCCACCGACGUCUCAAACCUCACUCUUGCCGCCGCUGCCGCCGGCACAAUCCUUUACGAAAACCAUUCCAUCUUCACUACUCUCUUCACCUACGUCGUCGGCGGAAUCUUUGCAGGUUUCGGAACAGCAUACCAUGAUAUCCUCUGGGCUGCCCGGUCGCCUGCCAAACGAAAAGCGGAAUCGAGAAGAUGGCAUAAUGCUAUAAGUCCCGAAGGUCAUCGGUUCGUUCAAGUUAGAGAAAAGGCCUUAAAGUCGAAUUGGGAAAAUCGGAAAUCGGAAUUAGACGGGAUAUUAGAUAAUAGCCUUGGGUUGGUACGGCAGAGUAAUAGCGGAAGCGGGGAUACCAGAACCGGCGAUGGUAAGCCAGAUUCGAGUUUUGAAGGACAGGACGAGAAAUGGGGCGAUUGGGGCGAUUAUAAGGAAGAGAAAAGACGUCUGGAUGAGAGGGAACAGCUUAGGAAGGAUGCGGGGGGGCAUAGUGGGGAUGUACCAAAAUAUAUACUCGAGUAUGCGCCUUUGAUACAUUUGUAUUCGAAGGAGGAGUACUGGCCCGGUGAUAUCGAUUUACAUCUUCGACGAACUAUUCCCCAAUUAAACUUCACCGACGUCCAUGAAGACGUAACACUCGACAACCUCUCCCUCUUCAACCAGUACGCCCCAUAUCUUUACCUCACCAGCAAAGACGACCCGGAAGCCCACCCCGGUUGGCUCUCCGCACGCUUCAACAUCCCCGACCUGAAGACCGGCAAAUGCGAUGCUCCUGGCACCUUAAUCUGGGUCGACAAGGGCAAUGGUGUUGUCGACGCCUUCUGGUUCUACUUCUACAGCUAUAACCUCGGAAACGUGGUUUUCAACGUGCGGUUUGGAAAUCACGUUGGCGAUUGGGAGCAUAGCAUGGUACGAUUUGUAGAUGGAGAGCCAAAGUAUAUGUUUUUGAGUCAACAUACGGGCGGAGAUGCGUACGUCUGGGAGGCACUUGAAAAGAAGGGCAAGAGGCCUGUAAUCUAUUCAGCAGUGGGCACACACGCCAACUAUGCCACCGCCGGAAAACAAGAAUACAUCGUCCCCUUCGGUCUUCUCGCCGACAACACCGACACCGGCCCCAUGUGGGAUUUAUCCCUCAACAGUAGAAUGUACAACUACAACCUCUCAAACCACCUUCUCCUACCGUCAGCAAAUAACCCGGAAGCCCCGAUAUCGUGGUUCUACUUCGACGGCCACUGGGGCGAUAAAUUCUAUCCGUUUAAUGAUACCCGACAGUACGGAUUACUCGGUGAAGCACAUUAUGUCAGCGGACCUCUUGGCCCGCGAUGGAAGAAUUUGGGAAGAACGGGGGUAUGCCAGAGGGAUGAUGAGGAGUGUAUUAUUAUGACGCAAUUGAGGUAUGGAAGGAAGCGGUGGGAGUGGGAAGCUGAUCCUUUGGAUGGAGGGUUAGAUGUUCCGUGGUGGGCCUUGGGGGGGUUAGACUGGUAUUUGGUAUGCUGGUUUAUGGUGGAAUGGGUUGUGGCUAUAUUUGUGAUUCAUAAUUUCAAGUGA